GUUGUUUCCAUUCUCUCUGGAAUUAACCGGAAUCAAACCUCAACUCUCUCUCUCUCUCUGCAACUUUGAGCAGACGUCGCGCCUAAUUUUGCUGCGAAUUGCGAGUCUGUGACGAUGGAGCAACAAACCUCCACUUCUUCUCUACAAGCAUCGCCGUCUCCAUCUCCGACUCAUUCUCCGUCACUGGAAGAUGUGAUGAGACUAUUGAAAGGAAACACCGAUUCUCAACGGCUAGCUGGCCUUCUUCUCGUCACCAAAUUCUUCGACAAAAACGACAAACCUACAAUCCUCUCUGUCUACAGCGCCGUCGGUUCUACUUUCCUCCACCGCCUCUUGCUCACCGGAAUGGGGAAAGGAGGCGGCGGAGCUAAUAUUGAUAAUGCCGACCGCCAUGCUUACCUGCAGCUCUCUGUCACGAUUCUCGCUUCGUUUGCCCGGCUCCUCGAGCUUGCUGCUACUGAUGAAAUGCUCUCCAAAAUCCCCCUUGUUUUGGAGCUUAUGCCCAAUCAAUCUAAUUUGUCUCUCACCGAACAAUGCUUUGAAUUUCUAUUUCUGGUAACUACUGCUCAGGAGGAUGGAGCUAUGACUUUCUAUAGAUCAGGAGGGAUGAAUGUUUUGGCUUCUCAUAUGCAUGCUUUGCCAGAUGGUUCCCAUGUGAUGGAGCUCGCCAUGAAACUUGUUCAGUUCAUCAUAAGCAAGCUGCCUGCAGAAAAUGUUUACUUAGAGCACCCAACGGAGCUAUCAAAGAUGGUGUCUGCAAUAGCAAGACAAUUUGCCCGGCUACACAAUGCUUUAAAAUUUGAAGCGCUGCACCUCCUUUCUGCUCUACUCUCUUCAAGUUACUCAGGAGUGUUAUUUUCAGCGCUACAGUCACUAAAAAGUGAUGAUUGGUCAGAUAAUCUCCGUAUUGGUGUUAUGGAUGUUUUACAGAAUCGAGUAGGUCCUGCUGAGAAACUUCGUGCUCUUGUUGUUGCUCAGCAUGCCAUAUCGAUUGUUGGCGAGGAUUGGCUAAUUGGACCAACUAACUUGCCUGAUGGGCAUAGUUCUUUCCCUGCUGAACGAUGCAUACUACUUAUUUUGGAGUCAUCUAGGGUUGAGAUUGCUGUUCUCGUAAAUGAGCUGGCAUACCUGAAAUAUGAAGCCUCUAAAAAUUCUCCUCCAGAUUCUGAAACCUUUCUUGGAACACUAAGGAAUCUCAGUGUUGCCUUCUCUUUGGUUGAAAGGAUUAUCAAACUUAUGUCAAAAUUGGGGGAAAAUGAAGUGUUUGCAGAAUCAAACUCAGCUCCAAUAAUUAAUGACAGCACUUUGAUGAAGAUGAUUGGUGGGCUCAAUGAGACAAUUGGAGUGGUCCUUGAUUAUUUGCAAGAUGCAAAGGAUCAUGGAGAUAGAAAAGGGAAUGACCUUUUAGCUUCUGUUAGAGUAGUUGGAAGCUAUCUGGCAGAAGCACCUCCUGCAUGCAAUGAGAAGGUUAAGGACCUUCUUGGUUAUAUGUUGUCAGUUGAAGGGGAUGAAGAAUCUAGUCCUUUUCAGUCUAUCUCCUUUUUGCUUCCUAUGCUGUGUCAAAUCACAAUGGAGAAUGACGGAUGUAAACUGUUUGCCUCUGCUGGAACAUUUGGAGCUGUUGUUGGUUUCCUUAUUUCUCUGAUUGAUUCAAGUGAUUCAAGUGUUGACAAUAUUGGUACCAUAUUGUUGGCAUGCGAUACAAUCAUGAAUUUUCUGUUAAAGAGAGAGCAAUUUCAUUUUACCCUGGAGAAUUCUUGUUCUGUCAAGCUUCUGCAAGCAUUGGUUCGCUGGACAGCGAACACAAGUGAUGUAUCUAUGAUUAUGAUGGCAUCUAGCAUAUGCUCGUUAAUAAUUGAUUCAACUUCCGAGGAAACUCUUUUGCGCUAUCCAGAAUUCAAUGACGAUGACCUCAUUGCUCUUUCCCUGCUCAUGAAGAGAAGUUUGGAAACCCACGGCCAGGAUAUGAUGUCCAGUGACGGGAACUCAGAGGCGGAUCUGUAUGAGAUAGUCACCUCAGGAUAUGAUUCUUGGGCAGAUCGGUUUCCCCAUAUCAAACAAGUAGUUGGCUGAUGAAUGGAGUUUUGGCUUUGAUGCUUAUGUAUUUAGGUGGAAUUCCGUUCCAAUUCCAACUUCUCUUAGAAAAUGUUUAGGUUGUAUUCUACGUGAUUGUAUAUUUGUACACAAAAAGUCUAUUUAAUUCAUAUUUAACGAUUCCGUAAAAAAUUUAUUGUUAA